AUGACCACACAACAACAACAUAAUCCGAAUCGAUUUUUAUCUGCCAAUAAAUGGUCACGAUUUUGUCAUAGUUGGAUAACAGAAUUAAUUCAUCUCUGUCAUAAACAAGGAACGCUUUAUUUAAAUGAUCUUUAUGGUAUACUUCCUCAACAUGAGUCAAAAAAACUCAUUGAAAAAUUAGAAGAUUAUUGGCUCAAUGGAAUCAAACGACAUCCGAACAGAGCAAGUCUUCUUCGUGCGACAAUUCAUACGAUGUUCGGACGAUGUCGAAAAUUAUUUUGUAAAGUCUGUAGAAUAGCUUCGAGAAUCAAAUUUUUUUCAUGA